AUGUCCUCCCAAGCCUUUAGAUCAAGAAAGACAUCCUCACCUAGUUAUCCUACACCAGCUCAAAGCCAUUCUGGCUCUUCUGAGGUUGGUUCUCCUUUGGAUGAUAUAGCUCGUCAAAGAAUGUCAAAGAAGGAUGAGGCUAUCCGAAAAAAAGUCGAACAUGAGUUGAGUAAGAAAAAUCGGACAAAAAGCUUGUCAUUAAACCGCGGAAAACCACAACGCCCAGUUACAGGUGCUAAAGGGACCGUUGCGUCUCUUAAUCCAUCACAGGCACUAACCGUGAGAGAAAGUGCUUUGGUUGUUGAAGCGUCACAACUUAUGGCAGCCAAACGUGCAGACUGUGUGCUUGUUAUAGAUAGCGAAGAACAUUUAUCCGGAAUUUUUACUGCUAAAGAUUUGGCUUUUCGGGUAGUUGGAGACGGUUUAGACGCAAGAACCACAACCGUAGCAACAAUAAUGACGAGGAAUCCAAUGUGCGUAAAAAAUGAUACUUCAGCAACUGAUGCUCUUAAUACAAUGGUUGCACGUGGGUUUCGACAUCUUCCCGUAUGUAACGAAGAAGGUGAUGUUGUCGGACUUCUCGAUAUCACUAAAUGUCUUUAUGAGGCAUUGGAUAAAAUGGAACGAGCAUAUGGAUCAUCCAAAAAAUUAUAUGAUGCACUUGAAGGGGUUGAAAGAGAAUGGUCAACAAAUCAGCCUACUCAAAUCGUUCAAUACAUGGAAAUGUUACGUGAAAAGAUGGCUUGUCCGGAUUUAACAUCCGUUUUGGACGGUUCAAUGCCGGCCGAAGUUGGUGUUCGAACAUCAGUAAGAGAUGCAGCUAGAUUAAUGAGAGAAUUUCGUACAACAGCAGUAUUAGUCAUGGAACAUAAUGCGAUUGCUGGUAUCUUUACUAGUAAAGAUAUUGUAUUGAGAGUCAUAGCAGCUGGGUUAGAUCCUUCAACAUGUAGUGUAGUAAGAGUAAUGACACCACAUCCUGAUACCGCACCACCACAUACAAGCAUUUUAGAGGCAUUGAAAAAGAUGUACGACGGCCAUUAUCUAAACUUACCAGUUGUUGACGGUUGCAACAUUUUAGGGAUGGUCGAUGUAUUAAAGUUGACAUAUGCCACAAUGGAACAGAUGUAUUCAAUGCAAAAUCAGGAAAAUGGCAAUGACGGAGGUGGUCCAAUGUGGAAUAAAUUCUGGAACUCUCUUGCUAAUGAUGGUGACAAUGAAUCUACAGUAUCAGAUUCGAUUGCUCCAUCACAAAGCGUUUCAAACAUCCCACCGCCAUCACCAAAUUCAAGAAUGCGUGGAUCAGGAAACAUCUCUCCAAUCCCCGAAAUCCACCCAAGCGAAUCAGCUUCAGCUAUUGAUGAUGGUUCUUUAGCGUCAUUUCCACAUGGUCACGACGACAACUUUUUUACCUUCAAAUUCAAAGCACCUAAUGGCAAAUCGCAUCGUUUCACUGUUGAUUAUACAAAUUUUGAACAUAUUCGAGCUACAGUGACUUCCAAACUACCUUCCAAUGUCAGAGAUUUUAAUAUCUCUUAUGUGGAUGAGGAUGAUGACCACGUUUCAAUGUCAAAUGAUGAUGAUGUUGUCGAUGCCGUUAGAAUUGCACAACGACAGGGCAUGAGUCGUAGACGACGUAAAAGACGAAGCAAACAUGUACCAAGUUAUAAUUUGCCUAUUCCACAUGAUUUAUUGUUGCCCGGAGCUGUUCUUACACUUGCAGUUGCGAUUAUUGGUGUAUUUGCAUUAUCCAGAUCCAAAUAA